GCCGAUCAUGCUCCUAAAAGCAUGGAUCCUGACGUGGAACCCAGGACUCAGUCAUUGCCGGUAAUGCUCCUAAUAGCAUGGAUCCUGACGUGGAACAGGGGAUUCAGACGUGGAACAGGGGAUUCAGACGUGGAACAGGGGAUUCAGAGGUGGAACAGGACGAUUCAGACGUGGAACAGGGGGAUUCAGACGUGGAACAGGGGGGUUCUGACGUGGAACAGGGGAUUGGGGAUUCUGACGUGGAACAGGGGAUUGGGGAUUCUAACGUGGAACAGGGGAAUUCUGACGUGGAACAGGGGGAUUCUGACGUGGAACAGGGGGAUUCUGACGUGGAACAGGGGGAUUCUGACGUGGAACAGGGGGAUUCUGACGUGGAACAGGAGGAUUCAGACGUCGGCAAAGUGGAGAUCGCAAUGGUGGACGUGGGCGACGGAUGGCCAUGGACAUUGGAGCGCAUCACGACGGUGUCGCUGGUGCGAAUCACGACGGUGUCGCUGGUGCGAAUCACGACGGUGUCGCUGGUGCGAAUCACGACGGUGGCGAUGGCGCACACCACGACGAUGGCCAUGAAGCGCAUCACGACGGUGGCGAUGGCGCACACCACGACGACGGGUGGCGAUGGUGACAAUCACGACGGGCGGCCAUGGAGAGCAUCACCAUCGCCACCACGAGGACGAUCACUUCGAACGCGAGUAUGCUUCAGACGUGUACCGGCGGUGAACAGGACGACCUUAUCGUUCUGUUUCGUAGUGGAUGACCUGGCUUACUAACAUUGGGCCUCGCUCCACUACUCUUCACAUGAACAAAAAACACAACAUAUC